AUCUGCUUAAACCACCACGUAUUAGAAGUGGCUGCACUGGGCCUAAAAACGCGAGCUGGAAAGUCGUACACAACUGUUCGUGAGCAAAGCAACAAGUGAUGAUGAGUAAGUUUGGGUAUUGUUGACUUUGUAUCGGAACGAUCGAACCUUACAUAACAUUGAAUAAUUGAUACAUCUAAGCUUAUCGCCGUGGACUGAUCUCAUAGAAUCACAUUUUUUAUUUUCUAAAUGGCUUUAUUGCCCCAACUGCUUAUUUUUAAAAGGAGUAUUUAUUUAUCUCCAUCCAAUCCGUCCUUGAAUUAACAGUGAUCUCAUUUCUCUAACUAGAUUCCUGAGGUCUGUGGCCUAUCGCCAAUUUACAAGACUGCUGUGGAGUUAUAUUGGUAGUUCCAGGCGAUACCCCUUGCCCUGUUGUGCCUACAAUAAAAUCAGGAAACAAUUUCCGAGUCAAAAUGGCCAUUAUCAUGGAUUUGAAGAUGAAGAAAAUGAAUAG